AUGUCUCCCUACAGUACCUCAGUCACUUCGGAGAGAGUGCAAGUUAAUGGUGUCAAUCUACAUUACCAGCGGACAGGUGGUGGUGAUCAUGCAGUCCUGUUACUGCCUGGAGUACUAGGAAGCAGUCUGACAGACUUUGGACCUCAGCUCAAACAACUUAAUAAAAAUGCUUUUACGCUAAUUGCAUGGGACCCCCGAGGAUAUGGACUCUCCAUUCCACCACAUCGAGACUAUCCUAUGGACUUUUUUGAAAGAGAUGCAAAAGAUGCCGUAGACUUGAUGCAGGCUCUACAAUUCAAGAAAUUUUCAUUGCUAGGGUGGAGUGAUGGAGGCAUAACUGCACUGAUUGCUGCGGGAACUUACCCAUCUCUUAUCAAUAAACUUGUUAUAUGGGGAGCCAAUGCCUAUGUGACUGAAGAAGAUCUGCAAAUUUAUAAUGGUAAAGUUAAUAAACAAUAA